ACGAUAAAACGCUUAAAGUCUGGCGUUGUCAUCAUCCGGAUAAUAAAGAAGGAAUAAUUACAAAUAGUUGGAAAUAUAUUUCUGGUUUUGUUUUAAUUACAUCUUUACUUCAACUUUCAACAAUUUCUUUAAUCGCACAUCUUUACAAUACUUCCGAUAGAUUUUAUUACGGUGUCAAAUUUGAUACUAGUUUUAUGCUUGCAUCAAGUUCUGUCGGUCUUAAUUUCGUUCUUGCUUGUGUUUUAUUUUUUGUUGGAUGGAUGUCAGUAAAUCGUAAUGGUUACGAGAAUAUUUAG